CAAAGCUUCAUUCAUGAAAUGCCGGGAUAGUUAAUCUCCGUGCUUUACUAAUACAGACGGACAAUAUCGCCAUUCCUGCUGCGGUUCACAUCAUCCAGAACUGUAACUGUCCCUCUAUAUAAAGUAGGAAGGAGAAAGCAGGCAUCCAGGGCUGGUUUUCUCUUACCAACGUUGUCACCUAACGGACUUACUACUCGACUGUCAACACUUUCUACUUAGAUACAUACUAUCUGCUAGCGAUAAUGGCCUCUCCCAAGAUCAUCCUUUACACGAGCCAUCUCUGUCCGUGGGCUCAUAGGGCACAUAUUGCUUUGAAGGAAUCGGGGCUCGAAUAUGAGGAGGUUAUCAUCGAUUUGAAUAAGCCGCGGGACCCGUGGUAUCUUGAGAUCAACCCGCGCGGCCUUGUUCCCAGCAUCUCAUAUAAUGGCACAAUCCUUACUGAAUCCGGCAUUAUCUCUCAAUUCAUAGCUGAUGCGCACCCCUCUCACCUUCUCCCUCAGUCAUCUCCCGUCGAAAAUGCCCUAUAUCGCGCGCGUCUCUCUUUCUUCGCUGAUGCCUUCUUCAGCAAGGUUCUGCCGCAUUUCUGGGCUGGCGUUCGUGCGGCUUCGGAGGCGGAGCGGGAUGCUGCUGGAGAGGAGUUGGUUGGUGCCGUUGCGAAGGAGCUUGAGCCUUUGCUCGUUGGGGGGAAGGGUCCGUUUUAUGGUGGGAGUGAGAAUCUCACGCUUGCAGAGGUGUUGACUGGAUCCUUCCUUCUCCGGAUUCUGUCCUUCAGCAAACCCGAGUACGGCCUCAUCAGCGCCAAUUUGACAGCUCUCCUCGAGAAGGUGCCCAAGUUCAAGCGCUGGGCUGAGGCUACCGUUGCUCACGAGAGCGUCAACUUCAUAUGGAAUGAGAAGGUUGUGGCUGAGAGGACUAAGGCCAAGUUCGCGGCUGCUAAGGUGUAAGCUGCCUGGGCUUUCUGUCCGCGUAUUAGAUUCCGCUGUUGUGAAGCUUAGUAGUAACGCUCUUCUCAAUGAGAUUUAUGAACUCUUUCCACUCUGUAUAAGCGUAUACUGCCUUCUUCUAAACUCGGACAUUCAUCUCAAUAGAGAUAGGCCGUGUCCUGGUUUCCUGGGAAACGCUGCAUGUAGAAUCGUUGCUCAUCACUACCGAGAGACCCUGGUCAACGCUAUGCAAGUAAUGG